UUUGAGGGCAGGACAUUAAUCAGAGAGGACUUUUGGAUCACUAUCAAGGAAGAAAGCAAACAAGACUCAGGAAUCUCUGGUGUCCAUAAGACAGUCCAUUCCACUUGGAAGGAUGACUACCAAAUAUAGAGGGAAGGACCAUCUCAAGGUACAUUGAUGCUGAAGUACUAUGAGCUUUCAGAACUUCUGGAGAGACUACAAGGUUCUGAUUGUUAUGGUGCCUUUAGUUGGGCUCAUACACUUGGGGUGGCACAGAAUCAAAAGCAGCCCUGUUUUCCAAAUGCCCAAUAAGGACAACAUUCCUGAGCAAGAUAGUCUGGCACUUGCAAGUCCACAGAAGAGCCGAAUCCAAGGGAAAUAGUAGACUUGCAAUCUUCAGAAAGAAGCAGCUUUGAAUCUGAGCUUGAUAUUGAAAGAAGAGAUGAAAAACACCAGUUGGAUUAGAAAGAACUGGCUUUUUGUAGCUGGGGUAGCUUUCAUAGGUGUCCAUCUUGGGACAUACUUUAUACAGAGGACUGCAAAGCAGUCUGUAAAGUCUCAAUCUAGAGACAAACAAAAGAAUAUUGAAGAGUGAAGUAAAAUAAAUAUUUGGAAUUACUAAUUUAUCAUUAAAUAAUAUGCUGAUUAGCUACAUAAACAUCUAAUUAUAUAGUUUUAUGGCCACAAUGCUGCAUAACCAGACUUUCAUUUCUAAAGAAUAAUUUUUUCAAAUGUUAAAACGCAUGGCAAUGCAAUAAAUAGCAAAAUAUGGUUCACAAAAUAAAAGCUGUCUUCGCAAUAAAAGCUGUCUUCACAAUAAAAGCUGUCUUCACCUAAAAUAAGAUGUCUCGUUUCGAAGCCAAGAAGCCAUCAUUGUGUACAAGUGAACCACUGAUGAGUGAGGGAGUCAGGGCCACGCUUUCUGUCCUGAAGGGAAUCGUGACAUCAUGCUAUGGCCCUUCAGGCAGGCUGAAGCAGCUGCACAAUGGCUUGGGAGGUUACGUGUGUACAUCUUCACAGUCCUCAGCCCUGCUCCAUCACCUUUCGGUCACCCAUCCCGUAUUAAAGAUCCUGACAACUUCCGUGCAGAACCAUGUGUCAUGCUUCAGUGAUUGUGGCUUAUUCACAGCCAUUCUUUGCUGUAACCUGAUUGAAAAUGUUCAGAGAAUAGCCUUGACACCCACCACUGUCAUUAGUUUAAAUAAACAUCUUUUGAGUCUCUGCACCAGUUAUCUCAAGUCGGAGGCCUGUGGUUGUCGAAUCCCAGUUGACUUUAGUAGGACUCAGGUCCUUCUUUGUUUGGUGCGGAGUAUAUUAACAAGUAAACCUGCCUGUAUGCUCACCAGAAAGGAAAUUGAUCAUAUCAGUGCUUUGAUUCUACAAGCCUUUUUGCUUACGAUUCCAGAAAACAUUAACGACCAUAUCAUUUUAGGAACGAGUAUAAUUGUUCCUUUAAAAGGUCAAAGAGUUGUAGAUUCUACAGUAUUACCUGGAAUACUCAUUGAAGUGUCAGAAGUUCAAUUAACAAGGCUAUUACCAGCCAAAAAAUCAGGUGCUCUCAAGGUGGCAGUCUUUUGUACAACUUUAUCAGGAGACGUUUCUGACACUGGAGAAGGAACAGUGGUGGUCAGUUACGGAAUUUCUCUUGAAAAUGCAGUCCUGGACCAGCUGAUUAACCUAGGAAGGCAGUUAGUCAGUGACCACAUCGAUCUUGUCCUAUGCCAAAAAGUUAUACACCCAUCUCUGAAACAGUUUCUCAGUGUGCAUCGUGUUAUUGCAAUAGACAGAAUUGGAGUGACUCUGAUGGCACCCCUGAGUAAAGUAACAGGAGCACAGCCUAUUGGCUCCCUAGGCUCAAUAUCUCCUAGUAGUUAUGGAAAUGUGAAAGAUUUGUGCACUGCAAAAUUUGGCUCCAAACAUUUUUUUCAUCUUAUUCCAAAUGAAGCGACAAUCUGUAGCUUGCUCCUCUGCAACAGAAAUGACACUAUCUGGGAUGAGCUGAAGCUCACAUGUCAGACAGCACUGCAUGUCCUGCAGUUAACAAUCAAGGAACCGUGGGUUUUGUUGGGAGGUGGCUGUACUGAAACUCAUUUGGCUGCAUAUAUCAGACACAAGACUCACAACGAGCCAGAAAGCAUUCUCAAAGAUGGUGAAUAUACUCAAACAGAACUUCUCCUAAUUGCUGAAGCAUUUUGCCGUGCUCUAGAAUCUGUGGCUGGCUCUUUAGAACAUGAUGGAGGUGAAAUUCUCACUGACAUGAAGUAUGGACACUUUUGGUCAGUUCAGGCAGAUGCUCCUUCUGUUGUUAACUGGCCAGAUUUGUUUUCACAGUGUGGCUGUGGACUCUACAACAGCCAGGAAGAGUUCAGCUGGUCUUUCCUAAGAAGCACGCAUCAUCCUUUCGUGCCACAGACCUGCCUUCCACAUGAAGCCGUGGGCUCAGCCAGCAACCUGACCGUGGACUGUUUAACUGCUAAGCUUAGUGGCCUACAGGCGGCUGUAGAGACAGCCAGUUUGAUUUUGGAUCUUUCGUACGUCAUUGAAGAUAAAAACUAACAUAAGAGAAUGGCAUGUACAAAACAAACUAGUCCACUGUCAAUUAAGAAAAA